AUGGAGACCAUUUCCAGGAUAUCCUCAAUGCUGGAAACAGCUCGAGAGCUCACCCUGGAAGCUGCCCAGUCCGCUGCGAGCAACAGGAUCUUGAAUUCGGAAUCAUCUUCACGUUCAUACAGCGUUCCUCACAUCAAAAAGCUUCUGGAUAGUCGUCAUGAGCGGGAAGUCCUGGAUGGAAUGCGGAAGGUUAUCUCGUUGAUGUACCGUUCUGAAUCCUCCCACCCAUUCUUUUCUGCCGUGGUCAAGAACGCAGCCAGUGGCAAUCUCGAGGUCAAGAAGCUGGUCUACAUCUACCUUGUCCACCAUGCGGAGGCGGAACCGGAUUUGGCCUUGCUGUCCAUCAACGCCAUUCAGAAGUCCCUGACCGAUUCGAAUCCUCAGGUCCGAACCAUGGCCCUCCGAACUAUGUCUGGUAUUCGCGUGCCGGUGAUCAGCCAGAUCGUGUCCCUGGCUAUCAAGCGCGGGUGCGGUGAUAUGAGCCCACAUGUCAGGAAAGCAGCUGCGUUGGCUAUACCCAAAUGCUAUCGUUUAGACCCGAACACUUUACCUCAAUUGAUCGGAUACAUUGAGACUUUGCUCGGAGAUUCGCAAUACUUUGUUGUUGGCCCGGCCGUGGCCGCAUUCUUGGAAAUCUGCCCGGAGCAGAUUGAUCUGGUUCAUAAGCACUACCGCAGUCUGGUCAAGAAGCUGGUGGAUAUGGAUGAGUGGGGCCAAAUUUCAACAUUGCGUCUUUUGACAUUUUACGCGCGCCAGUGCUUUCCGCAUCGAACCCAGAAGGUCAAACGGGCUGUGACCAAGGCCUUUUACGAUGACGAAGAGCAAGCACAGCAUAAUGGUGAAGACGAAGACGAGGAGUACGAAGUACCAGUGGUAGACCCUGAUCUUGAACUGCUACUUCGGGCGUGCAAGUUGUUGUUACAAAACAGAAACUCGGCCGUUGUUGUCAGCGUUGUCCGUUGCUUCCUUUAUCUAGCACCACCUGAAUAUCUUGCUUCGGCUGUUGGGCCAUUGGUGGCUCUUCUUCGAAGUCCGCAGGAUAUGCAGUUGAUUGCCCUUUACAAUAUUGUCGCUGUUGCUAUGAGAGAGCCUAAGCCGUUCACACGUUACAUCGCCCAUUUCCUGGUUCACGCCAAUGACCCACCACACAUUUGGCGCCUCAAGCUGGAAGUUCUGACAAUCGUAUUCCCCCAUUGCGGGACACAUUGGAAGGGCGUCAUAAUCAGUGAACUGGAACAUUUCUCCAAGGACACCAACCCUGAACUAGUUCGAGAAAGUGUGCGGGCGAUUGGACGCUGUGCACAUGCCGAUUCUACCACCACAGAUAUGUGUUUGCGCAUCUUGCUUGGCCAAGUCUCUAGUCUCGACGGAAACUUGGUGUCAGAGUCGUUGACGGUUAUACGACAUCUGAUUCAGCAAGACCCAACCUCGCAUAAGCAAACUGUCAUUCAACUCGUUACUUACCUUGGCACGACUACUAAUGCUGAUGCAAGAGCCACGAUUAUUUGGCUUGUGGGUGAAUUUGCAAGCAUAGACCCCGAUAACAAUAUUGCACCAGAUGUUCUUCGUAUUCUGAUCAAAGGAUUCACCGAUGAACUCGAGGUCGUCAAACAACAAAUCGUUCUUCUUGGUGCCAAGGUGUACCUCCAGCACCUCUUGAAGAAGCAUCCACAGGAAUCAGCUGAGGCCGUGGCUCUGCAGCCAUCCGAGCAGCCCGCCAAAAUUGAACAGCAAAUCCGCAAUGAGUGGACAGAGGAUCAGAGUGAGGACCAGACGGAAUCAAAUCAAAUUCCCGAAGAUGAGGCAGCGGUAGCAGAAGCAAUCGGCACCGAAGAAAAAGAAGAUCGUAUGACAUUGCUCUGGCGCUACGUCCUACUUCUUGCGCGUUACGAUACCUCAUACGACCUUCGCGAUCGGGCUCGUCUCUACAAGUCGCUUCUUGCUUCUCCGUCCUCAACUCAUUUGGCCAACCUGCUUCUCCUAGCACCGAAGCCCGUUCCGCAUGCCCCAAGUCCCUCAGAAACACGCAAGGAUCUCCUUGUUGGCACCGCAACCCUUGUUGUCGGCCCAGAGGCCGGUUAUCAUGGACUUCGCGGUUACACUAAGUUACCAGACUGGGUGCAAUUAGGACAGGAGCCUGAUCCGAGUCUUCGCAUCGAAGAUAUCAAAUCAGAAACCACUUCAGUCCCAAGCUCACUGACUGCUGGUCAAAAAUUGGAUAAAGCACUUCGCGAGCACCAAGCGACUGUGCCACCACCCCGGCGGCCGAAUGGCUCGGCUGCAUCGGGAGGAGCAAGUGGCAAGAAGACUUUGGAUCAGUGGCUUGGGGAGGAGGAAGAAGAGACCGAGUCUGAAACUGAGACCGAGGAAGAAACGGAUUCGGAGGAGGAGACUGGCUCUGAAGAAGAUGACUCCGAGGAAGAAUCUGAAGAGGAAGACAGUGAUGAAGACGAGACUGAUUCUGAAACUGAGGCUGUUCAUAAAGAAGCUCAGCAAUUACUCGGGGCCAGGCAAUAA